AUGAGUGACAAAGCGGUGGUGACGACCCCCAACGCGACCUGGAUGCCGGAAUUCCCGGUCGCGUCACCCGGCGAGAUCUGCACGCGAGUUGACGGUCGCUGGGGCCCGCAGGAGUACUCACUGUGGCCCCAGCUGUAUCACAAACGAGUGCUGCAUCACGCGUGCAUUCCGGUGCAGGGAGGGAGAUUAGACGGGCUCAACUUCCUUGCGGAAGAUCUGUACGACCCUGUUCCUUGGAAUGAAUGGAAGCCGUGCAGAGAGUGUGGUGUCCCGGAUCUCGGCUUUCUUGAGCCAAGCACCGUGAUGCUGCUGAAGGGCGUAGCCAGCCACAUCGGCGUCACGUAUCAUAUGUCCACGAUUUCAAAACAUGAGGAGCACCAGAAAUUCGGCAAACAUCUCAUUGCGACGAUCAACCAGGCCCUCGAUCAACUAUCAAUAUUACCCAUGAUUCAGGCUCAUGCCAUCGCCCUCGCCGCGCACGUCAAGCGCCUCUCACUUGAAUUAUGCGGUCUCAUCGUACUAUCCGAGAUUGUUCAGCCACGCGCACUCGAUCCCGCCUUCGUCGCAACCAAGGUACUGCCUGUUCGUGGAGCGUUCACUAGUGACGCCGGAACUGCGCAAGUGUUGUUCCGGCUUGGGAUCCCUGUCUGGUUCAUCCAGACGCUCACCCGCCUUGUGCGUGUGGUCGAGGUG